UAGGACCCUGGUGGUUAGUGUCCUUUGAUUCGUUUCGCCGCAGAUAUAAGGUGAUCAUUUCCAAAACUGCAGUAUAACCAGAACAACAGUAGAAAGAGUACGUUAACAAAACUCUUACUGCUUUAUAGGAGCACUAUAACCAAAUCAAACUACGUUUUGUCAGGAAUGGACAAUGUAGGACAACAUUCUUUGAUUUAUUGGCGGCAGCAUGAUUUGCACCUGCCAGAUGGUCUUGGAGUUAGUAUUGAUUUGAGAAACUAUGUAUUUAAUUAAUAAAAACAAAGAUAAUGCAAUCGAUGUAUUGUGAAGUGCCACAACCACUCAAUAUACAUUAAAGUACCAGUAAUUUUCGCUGAAGUGGAGGAAAAAAAAAAAGAUUCCGCCCUCAACACAAACAGUUAAGAUGAACUGCUAUGAUAGGAGGGUAAGACGGACUAGACCUGCACGGGAAGACAGCAGAAAUGAUCUGGUUACCCCUCCACGGCGGUCCAGAGUGAAUGGCUGGUCAUUGCCUAUACACUCCUUCCAGCUUGUCGCUUGGCUGUUCUACACAUAUCUGGCUAUUGUAGGGUUUGGAAUCUACAUACCUCUGCUGCCUUACAACUGGAAGUAUGCUGGCUACUGUAUAAUUGGCAUAGCAUUUGCUUCUCACUUUGUUAUGCAUAUAGUUGCUGUCUCCAUUGAUCCUGCAGACCACAGUGUACGUGCCAAGAACAACUACAGGAAUCCAAUGCCAGCCUUAGACAGGGCGAAGCACCCUCAUGCAAUACAGAACCUGCAUUGCUACCUGUGUGAAGUCGAUGUGGGACUAAAAGCAAAACACUGCAGUAGCUGCAAUAAGUGCAUCUCUGAUUUUGAUCAUCACUGCAAAUGGCUGAAUAACUGUGUCGGAGGAAGGAACUACUGGUUUUUCUUCUGUACUGUGCUUUCUGCUGUCCUUGGUAUUAUUCUGAUGGUGCUUGUGAUCCUCUAUGUUUUCAUCGAACAUUUUGUGAACCCUACUCAGCUGCGCACUGCUCCUCAGUUUCAUGAUAUUCAGGAGAACAGCACGUGGCUGGCAUUUCUUCCGGUGUCUUCCGUGGAAACAAGUUCAGCAGGGAUUCUGGUUCCAGCAUUCAUUUCUAUUCUCAUGGGAUUGGCCUCUCUCUUGUUGCUUGGGCAUUUACUUGGAUUCCAUAUUUACCUGUUGACAAAGAAGCUGAGUACGUAUGAAUAUAUAGUGAAACAGCGGCACACUGAAAGUAUUAAAAACCAAGACAAGGAUUUGGAGUCAACAUCAUCAACAUCCAGAUCCCAGAAUGUGCCAGCAGUGCAGACCUCUACUGGUUGUGAUUCACCCUUAUCUGCAAGGUCCAGUGCUUUCAAGUACCAGGAUAGACCCCACGUAACCAUUAAGCAGUCCAGUGGUGUUUGUGCAGAGGGAGAUAUCAAACAAGCAACCAGUGAUACAGGUGAGAAUUCAUGCUAUACUCCAAAACAGGCCACUCAAAGCUUAACAGAAAUCUGUUUUUGUCCCCUUACAGUAAACUUGGAAGGUGAAAGUUUGGUGGAUUCAAAAGGAAGCUGUAAGUCUGCACUUAAACAGAAGCCAAAUAAUCCCCUCCAGGAAGGUGUGGAAUCCACAGAGCAAAUCCCAGUCGCCCAAAACCCUCUAGGGAGUUCUGCUAAGCAAAGUACCCCCUCAAAGCAGUCAAAACAUGCAGCUACGCAGCUUGUCACUACUCCCUCUCCCUAUGCAUCUGAGAACUCUGGGAAUUUGAGACAAUCGUUUCUUAGCACACCUUUAUCAAUGGACACAGCCCAUUCUGAACAGGAAUUGUCACAUCUAGGAACCUCACAUUUGAUGGAUGGAAGUCAAAGGAGUUCACAAGAAGUGUCUUUUCAUACUACAGGUGUUCAUUCACUCUCCUUGGGCAACAACAUUCUCGAAACAGAUAUGGAGAGUGAGCCAAGCUUGCAAUAAGCACUUUAUUUUUUUUUCUUUGCAAACGGCUGGUGGAGUGUCCCCCCCCCCCCCAUACACACACCACAAGGCCUAUCCUUUGGAUGUCUUGAACUGGACAUGAAAGCUGGGAAACAGCUAUUCCUUUAAAAAAAAAAAAAAAAGCCUUUUCAUUUUUUAUUCUUUAUCUAUUCUUGUUGAAAAGAAAUGGACUAGGUUUUACAGCUCAUGGCAGUGCUGACUAAUGGCAAUGAAACUUCAAUAUGCACUAUUUAAAUUAAGUGAAAAAUGUUGUUGUUAAAGACAUUUAAUAACAUGAUGUACUUUUAGAUUGUAUAACUGUCUGUCUUCAUUCCUCCCUCCCCAAAAUGUAAAAGAUGUAUGUUAAAAUUAUUACAAUAUUAAGCUAUAUGUUUAUACUUUUAUUUAUAUCCAAUGACAAAAGCAUUUGGUAUGCUUUAAGUGGUGAAAGAUUGUGUAUUUUUCAUGGUCAUUGAUUUGAGUGGUCUCAUUUUUGGUUUGUUAUAUCUGAACUUAAAUCUUUAAAGGAUUUCUAUAUAAUAAACAAAUAACAGCUGUU